AUGGGCUGUGUUCACACCGAAACCAUGAAGAGGGCAGCCUGGGUCAUCAUUGAGAAGUACUACAUUCUCCUGGGCAAUGACUUCCACACCAAUAAGCACAUGUGCAAGGAGAUCACCCUUAUUCCCAACCAGAAAGUCUGCAACAACCUCACAGGCUAUGUCAUGCAUCUGAUGAAGCGGAUUCAGAGAGGCCUGGUGAGAGGUAUCUCCUUCAAGCUGCAGGAGGAGGAGAAAGAAAGGAGAGAUAAUUAUGUUCCUGAGGUCUCAGCCCUGGAUCAGGAGAUCAUUGAAGUAGAUUCUGACACUAGGGAAAUGCUGAAAUUCUUGGACUUUGACAGUCUGUCCAAACUUCAUGUCACUCAGCCUGCAGUUGGGGUGAAUUUCAAAACACCACGUGGAGCAGUUUGAAUCUAUCUGCUGUGCUGUAAUAUUUUCAAUAAACCUUGGACAGCAAUAACAACAAAAACAACAACAACAAAAGACAAAAUCAUGCCAUUUGUGACAACACAGAUGGACCUUGAGGGUAUUAUGCUAAGCGAAAUA